CUUUCUGCUGUGGCAGCCGCUGGGAGUAUUGGUCUCGGGGGUCGUGGUGAUAAUCAUGGUGAGGCUACAAGUGACCAAGAGAUAGUGCUCAACGCUGAGUGCAGUCCUGCUGGUGGUGAGGCGAGAGAUGACCAGGUGUUGGUACUCAAUGUUGAGUAGUCCUGCUGUCGAAAGCGUUGACCAGGUCCAGGAGUUAGUACUCAACACCAAGUAUACUCCUGCUUAAAGUGCUGACUAGGUCCAGGAGUUAGUACUCAACGCUGAGUGUAUUCCUGCUUUAAGUGCCGACUAGGUCCAGGAGUUAAUACUCAACUAAAUAUAUUCCAGCAGAGUAGUGGUAGUGCCGUGGUAGGUUAAGUCAGUGUUGCACUUGACUAUUAUUGCCUCUCCAGUGUGUAAAAUUUCUUUAAAGAAACUAGGCGGAAGCUCUUUCCGUUCCUGAUGUCUUGAGGGAGCCAAGUAGCCGCCAUGAGCUGCCAUAUCUCUGCCCCGACGGGCGGGGACCUGCGCGCUAACAUAGAAGGUCUGCUGAAGAAGUUCAGAGUGACUAAAGAAAACGAGAAGGAGAGUGAGAUCUUCACACUGGCCAACUUGGACAACGGCUGCAUCAGGAAGUUCAUAGUAAAAAAAGUGGACGAAUCGGCAUUCCUCGCCUCAAUCAACAAUAAGACUAAGGAAGACAGCAAGUCACUGACAGACGAGAACGAGAACACGGCGGUACUUGAGAGUGACGAGGACCUGGGCGACGGGUGCCCACUCGUUCCAACCUCUGACGACGACACCAGCAAAGACAACAAUGAAAAGAACAAAAGAAAUGAGAAGAGCAAGCACGAGGGUCUGGCCAACGGCAAAUUAAAGAGCCAGGAGAGGAGGUCGUCGAGGUUCAAGCUUGGAUGUGAUGACUCCGAUGAGGAGGACAUUAUGCCCGGGGAAGACAAGGAGGACAAAGACGACCCCGGGGUAGUUAAUCCCGCUUUCUUCAGCGAGGACGAGGACGAGGUGGGACGGGGCGACGGCUCCACCACCUCGGCCAGGUCGUCGCCAGAUCAAUCACCUUCAUCAUCUCGAAGACUAAACUUCAGCAGUAUGAGUCCACGGCCCAGUCCACGCCACUCCCCGGUGAGCCACCGGUCUGGGAACCUGAGCCACCGUAGCUCAGUUUCCUCUGUCAGGAAGGGCAUCCUCAAGAAGAGUGGCUCGUCCUCCACCAUCAACAUGGAGAUGGUAAAUAUGGGGCUGCAGCAGAAUGCAGCAGCAGCAGCAGCAGCAGCAGCAGGAAAUGCUGCUACCCUUAAUGGCUACCAGAGAGCACGCUUCACAGACCCUUACGAUGACAAUUACGUCCCUAUAGACACCCACCGCUUUGUCGGCUCCUCAGAAGAAUCAAACUAUGUAGCCCAGAAGUCAUUAGGAGGUCACCGGGUCAAGUUCAUCCUUGAGACUGGCAAGCCUGACCAUGUUCAUGGGUCCUACGAUGACAUCCGAAUAGAAAAGAUGGAAAGAGAAAGGAUCGAAAGGAUAGAGAGUGGAAAGAAUCUGGAGGUAACGAAUAUGACUGGAGACAAGGGUGGACGCAAGUGCCUCUUGUUCUGUGCUGCCAUGUUGGUGCUCACAGGCUCUGUUAUUGUUGCUGGACUAUAUGGAUCGGGAAAAUUGAGGAAAAUUACUGACUACGGACAAGGUAUACAGAGCAGUGAGCUGUCAGGGGGAGGCUCUUCACAAGUACACUCUACUACUUCACCAGUCCUCCAUUAUGUUCCUAAUGCCAUAGAAGUGAAGUUCAAAAUAGACAAUCACAACUUUACAAAUGAACUAACAGAUGAAGAUUCGGAAACCUUUAAGGAACUUGCCAAUGCCUUAGAGGAAGAGUUGUCGGCAGCGCUCUUCAGCGUAGAUGAGGUCUACAACGGAAAGGCUAGGUUAAAUCUCAAGAUCCUCAAAUUCGAGCCCGGGAGUAUUAUUUGUACGUUCAGAAUUGGAUGGACUUAUUUCAAUGAGCAGGAUAGCGGUUACCUGACAGCACCUGUCACCCUAAGCAAUGUGAAGGAGCGUCUUGAAGCUAAGGCAGUUAAUGGUUACAUAUAUUUCAAUCAGGACUACCGUGUACCCCCAAACUCCAUCGUUGUUGAGAAAUUACUGGACAAAUGCUUGAACAACCAAUCACUGUGCUCCCAUGAGUGCAGAUUCUCUCGCAAAGAGCUGCGGUUCGCAUGCUACUGUCCUGAUCACCUCCACCUCUUCAAGGAAGCCAAUUGUGUUGAUCCCAGUCAAUCCACAACAACAUCGACAUCAACUACAACAGAAAUCACCAUCAAGGAAGUCUUUAACAAAGUCUUCAAUCAGGUGGGCAAUGCUACCUUUGUUAGCAUCAAGUCAGAGACUACAGAAAUGGAAGUUGAAGAACCUCCAAAGCUCACCGAUGAUGAAGCAAAGGAGACAAGUGCAACCUCCAUAGAGCCAGGAGAUGAUACCAAAGUUAAACCUGAGGAAGGUUUUAAAGCUGAUGUUAAUUCUACCAGUACUACCACUGAAGGAACUAUGUCUACAGAAAGUCUCACAAAUGUUACAACUGAAGGAGAAAGUCAUACUGGAAAUGCUACUGGUGUCCUUACUGCAACUGAAGAAGUGAAGGCUGCAACCAAUGUUACUGAUGCUGCUAGUAAUGUUACAGACACAACCAUUGCUCCUGUGAAAGAAGGUGUUAGUAUAGAGACAAAUAAAUCUUCAACAUCUGUUGGAGUGGAUGCUUCCACUAAUGUGACAAUGCAGGUUAAUGAUACAGUCCAUGUUGGACAGCAGGGUGGUGAGUUUGGGCACACACAAACUGGGGAUAUAAGUAAAGAUAAGAAUGUUACUUUUGCAGAGGAAGGAGAGGUUUACUUGUCUUCACCUAAAUAUGAAGACAGAACUGAGAGUGGGGAACCUGCCACUGUCAGUAUUACACAAACAACUACUACUGAAGUGACUACAAAUGCAUCCACCUUGGAAACUUCUACUGAGGGUCACACCAAUGCUAGCACUGCAAGUGAAGCAGAAACUAGUCAAGAGGUCUUUGUUCAGCCUCCGAUAGUUGAGGGCCCCACCAAUGUUACUAGAAUAGAAAAUGGAACACUUACAAGUGAUCUGGAAGUUACACAGAGCCCUGAAAAACAUGACGCCAAUAAGAGUGAUGUAUCUCCAGAUAUAUAUGUAUCUCCUGGAACACGCCUGGAAGACAUUGCUGCUUUUAAAUAUGCUCGUUCUAACAAAACAUUCAUUGUACAGGAUCUCUCGGCACUCAUGCCAGGAGACUCCCCUGGGGAUGUGCGUCUCCAGGACAUAGCCAUGUCUGAAGAACUCUUUAACCAGUCUUCAGAAGCAAAUAUUACACUGAAUACUUCACAGAAUACAAUCAUGAGUACAACUGAAGUAAGCACAGGGUCCCCAGUCCAUAAUGGAACAACAGAUACUCACAGCACCACAAGCACUGCAACAACUUCUGAUGGCAGUAGUCAUAAUGAAAAUUCAAGUGUAGAUCCAAUAAACACUGCUAUUUUAUUCAAUAAUGAAACAAAGAACAGUACCAUAGAAACAUCUGUGAAAAAAUUAGUUAUAGUAACAGCUAAUAAUUCUGAUGAGAUUGAAAAUGUUACUCCUAGAGAGGUGCAAGAUAACCUUCAUAAAGAAGUGGUAACAGUGGAUGCGAUAAUAUUUGAUGGUAAUCCAGUUGUUGCCAACAAGACACCACCUCCUGUACGGACAACAACUACAUCUACCACCACACCCGUCCCACCCAUCUUCACAGAAUACCCAAAGGUUACUGACAGGCCUCCAAAAGUGAGUGUUAACCGCACUUCACAAACUGUCAUAAUAAAUUCUGUGGUGAAUAUUUCGGGUGAAGAAAGCAAAGUUGCUGAGCCUGAUCCGUCACUCUUAGGUAUUGAUUUUGGUAUUAUUUUCAAUGCCAGUUCUGACCUUGGCUCCAUGUUAGGCAAUACCACCAGUGUUUCAGGAGAUUCAUCUGCAGCAUCAUUGUCAACAACCACUACAACACCCUUAUUAGGCUCGACUAUUACAACUUCUACCUUAUCUGGCGUGUUGUCAUAUAGUGGUGAGUUAACUGAAGGAAAAUCUGAGGAUGCAGGGUUGAUCCCAGUCAAUGAUACUGACAGUGGUACACCCUCAAACCAGACUCACAUCCAAAAAUUCAAUAAAGAUCUUCUAACCACAACAGUAUCAUCAGUUCCACCAGCGAAGCUGCUGUGUAAUGAAGACCAGUUGGGGUGCGUUAAUGGCACUAGCUCGCUGGGACGUUGCAUCCCACGUAGUGCCCACUGCAACUCUGUGCCUGACUGCUCUGACCUCUCAGAUGAACAUGAUUGUAGAGAAAACAACUGUUUUGGUAAUUUCCAGUGUCUGGAUGGUGAAUGCAUUGAGCGCCAGUAUGUGUGUGAUGGUGUCACCAACUGUCGUGAUGGUGAUGAUGAGCUGAACUGCGAUUCUUGGCAGUGCCGUUCAGAUGAAUUUAGAUGUGGGGGCUUAGCCCCAUCCCCUUGCAUUCCCAUCUCCUUGCAAUGUGAUGGUCAGCCUGACUGCAGUGACCACUCUGAUGAGGUUAACUGCAGUGACUCCUGCCCAGGUGAUGCUUUCAGAUGUCCUGAGGGUUGGUGCAUUCCCCUGGCCAGGACUUGUGAUGGCAAACCAGACUGUCAUUCUGGAGAAGAUGAAAAGAACUGUGGAUGCUCGGGACUGGAUGAAACGCCAUGUGGUGUAGGUGGCUGUGUGCCCACUUUCCACCUGUGUGAUGGGCUGCGGCAGUGUCAGGAUGGCUCUGACGAGUGGCACUGUCUUAGAAUAGACAACAGUACACGGCAACUUGAAGUCAGGAGUGGACAGAACCGAUGGAUGGCUGUGUGUGGAGAGGGUUGGACAAGCCAGUGGAGUGAUUUAGUGUGUGAGCAGCUGGGAGCAGCUGCCUCACUCAGCACUGAAGUGAGGCGUGUAGUGGAAGCUGUGCCACGUCCCAGAGUCAGACUUGCUCCAAAAGCCUCAGCAAGGGCCCCGACACCAUUGCAGUUUGUUCUUAAGUCUGAUUGUUCGAGUGACUCAUUGGUGCAUCUUGCAUGUGAACAACACUCAUGUGGUUCAUGGAGCCUAGGGGAUGAUGUCUUGGAGGAGCAGAAUUUAUCAGUAGGAGCAAGGCCAGCUGUUGUAGAAGGACUGUGGCCCUCUCUGGCACUCCUGCUUAGGACUCAUCCAGACAACAAUACACAAGCUCACACUCAAUCCUGUACUGCCUCCAUUGUUGCCCCUAGCUGGGUUCUGGCUGCCUACUCGUGUCUCUCUGCCAAAGAAAAUGGGAUGGAUCCAGGCACAUGGGCAGUUGUUUCUGGGGUGGCAUCUCCAACUGUCACUGCUCAGUUUCAUUAUGUUGCAAAGAUGGUUCCAUUCCCUGCUACAGUAAGGACUGGUGGACUCUGGACCGGGGAUGCUGUGCUUUUGCGCUUGGAUACUCCACUUGUUUUAGGACACAAUACACAGCCUGUGUGUGUUCCUAAUGGUCCACCAGCAAGCAAUGCUCUCUGUGUUGUUGCUGGUUGGACCCGCUCAGAAUAUGGAGCAGAGAGUGAAAGCCAGUUCCUCCACUACUUGCCGGUACCACUUCUUGGUCUUGAUGCCUGCAACACUACCCACUAUCCAGGCCGCCUAAACCACGCUCACACCUGUGUUGGCUUUACUGAUGCCCAGCAUGCUCCUUGUCAUGGUGAUGAGGGUAGUCCACUGAUGUGUCGGAGUGAGACUGGUGCAUGGCGGCUUGAGGGACUCCUAACUCACCAUGCCCGGUGUGGCCGAGCAAGGCAUCCAGCUGUUUUUACAGCUCUCCAUGCCCUUCAGCCUUGGCUUAGUAAUACCAUAGGUACUCCCUAUGUGCCUAGGUUUACUACUACUACUACCACCACCACCACUACAACUACUACCACCACCACAACUACCACCACCACAACUACUACCACUACAAGGCCCCCAUCUCAACAGUUUGCUGAAGCCACCAAUUCCACAGACAUCAACGAGUCAUUACCACCAGUGUCAUCUCCAGGCAAUGCUCCACUAUAGCACCUACUGGGUUCUAGUAAGGUUUUGAAAGGUGCCAUAUGUGCUAUGAAAGUGCUAUAAUAUGUGCUAAACCAUUAAUUACAAGAAAAAACUUCAAAUUGUUAUUAUUCAAUGCUGUGAUCAUAAAGUAUCUGUAUUUAGUGAUAAAAGACAAUUACUUAUUGGACAUUAACGACUUCAACAAUAAUUAUAAGUCAAGGCUAACUACAGAAGAGGACUGAUUAUGGUGGCCAAUGCAGAACCCUUGCCUUUGGGGCAUUUUGAUAAAUACAUUUUCAUUAUAUUGAGCUCCUGAACUUGUUAAUACAAAAUGGUAUGCUGGGAUCUCAUCUCAUUGGUGCUGAGGAAUUUUUGCAGCAAAGUUCUAAAUGUUGAGUGGCAAAAUAUAUAUUUAGUAGAAAAUGCAAUUUGUUUAAGGUUUAUGAUACAGGAUAGUGAAUACUUUAUAAAUGAAGUGAACUUUGUAAGAAAACACACUAAUUGAAAUAUAGUGUUUAGAAUGCCAUGAUCAUUGACACAAACACUUAAUAGAUAUGUAAAGGCAGAGUGUAACUAUUAGUGUGUUAACAAACAAUUCUAUGAAAGAAACCGAACAAACGUAUAAAUAGAGAAACUGAAGCAGAUGCUGUACUAGUGUUAACCAAAUACAAUACUUUAAGGUGAAUGAUAUAUCCUGUUUUCUCUUCAGAAAAUUGGAGGUUGUUGUCAUACACAGACCAAAUUAAUGCAUUUAUGAAACUGGACCAUUAAGAGUGAGACUGUGUUGUUUUAUUGUGGCCAUGUGAUUGAUAGGUUGUGUGUGUCUGGGAGUCCUGAGCUUAAGGCUGUGAUUUACAGAGGCCAAUUUCCCAUCCAAAUCAUAACACAGUCUUAAGACCCAGAACCACCAAUCACAUUAUAUAUACAUAACACGGGUAUGAAGCAGUCACUAGUGUACUGUAGAAUAGGAUCCAGGCCCAUCCGUGCCAGGGUGCAAGGACCACCUGAGAACUUGGGUACAGGAUAUAAUGAUUGCCUGAUCAUUAGGCUGUAAAAAUACACAGCUUGUGAUAGCUAGGGCAGAUAGCACAAAACACCAAAUAUUGCCCAGGGUGGGCAUAAAGUCCAUUGACAAUGAAAUUACAACACAUCUCUAUACAUUGCCCUCCAUUCUCAACAUGUGUCCUGUUUGUGUAUUCUUAAUCAUUUUCUAUGCUGAAGGAUAGCUGUCAUAAAGAGGGUUUCCAAAUGACUGCUUUAGGUCUUCAGCAUUCAUUAGCUAGGGUUACUAAAGCAUGACCCUAGUAAAUUAUCACAUCAAGACUAGGCUUAGAGGUGGCAAUGACACAUCAGAAUCUCAUCCAGUUUGUCAUCCACUAAAUGAGUAGAGGUAUUCUUGAAAUGCAAGAGCAUAAUAUGUUGUGGCUGCAAGAUGCAUGUUGAUUAAAGAUUCCUGAUACAGAGCUAACUAUAUCCCCAUCAUUUUCAGAUAUGCUGUGAUCAGUACUUCCUAACUCAAAGUCUGGACCAAUUUACUGAACAAAAAAAAAAAAAAAAAAGGGAAAAUGCAGAACAAGAUUUUUAUUUGGACUGUUUUUCUUAAGGUUGAUCUGUAUUUAUCAAGCUAUGACUUGAUAAAGCUCAAUCCUGAAAAAAAGUCCCAAUUAGAGCUUGUUCUGCAUUAACAGAAUAUAUUGUAAGUAAACAUUGAUUAUCAUGUAAAUGGACUGUGCCCAUCCUGUAGUUGGACUUAUUAGUCUAAAGAACAUUUAACAGCUGGAGUAUAAGGUGCAAGUACCACCUGGUAUCUAAUUGGCAAGAUUACUGUAAGGAGGUCAUUUGAUAAUUUAGGGUGCAAAGUAUGAAAAGUGCCUGAUAAUUCCAGUGUAAUAUAAAUGUAUUGCUUAAUGAUACAAUGCAAAUCCAUAUAACAUGAUGCAUACUCUAGAAGUCUACUUGACUACCAGAUUUAGAAGUCAGAGAGGCUCUACUGUGAGGCUACAACUUUCUAGCAGGAUAUAAGGAUUCUAGCUACUGAGACAGUUGGCCUUAGAAGUCUGAUAUUUUAGGCAAGAUUUUGUAAUUUGAUUUCUUAACAUAAGAUGUAACACAAAACUUGCCAGCAUGAGAUUACAAAUUUAAUAAAUAUUUUCAGAAGACAAUGGUGAAAAAAUUGUCAUUAAAACACGAGGGAGCAGUACUUACAGUAAAUAAGGAGAAAAAAAAAAGCUGUUUUUUAUUAAUAAUUUUGGAAAAGGCAUAUGAAAGGCAAAUGCAUAGAGUGCGGGGUAAAUUAUUAAGCUAGAAAUGACAAUGUGUUUCAGUAAAAGUUGGUCUUAAACAUGGAUGUGCUAUAUUGCCUGUGUGAGCUUAUAGAUAAGUUGCAAGUAGAUGCUACAGUGCUAAGGAGAGGAAUGAUCUUGAAAGCUAACAGAUCUGACAAAGUGGAAGUUUUCAGAAUUGUUAUUUGCCAAUGGGUCUUAUUAGGAGAUUCAGAAGCUGUAGAGAUUAGAGGAAACUGGAAGUGCCUAUAUAAAAUAUUGAAAAUAAUUAGAGGUAUAUUUAGAUAUUUUAAUUGGAGGCGGGGUGUUUAACCCAUAGGUGUCAAAUAGUGCCAGGGGAAUGGGUGGCAAUAAAGUUUAAUCUAAGGAAAGGGAAGAUAGGUCCAGUUCCCUGAAUCAAGCUCCUCACCAUCAAGACACCUCGCUUCAGUGAAGAAGUAUAGUGAAUGAAAGAUUGAAGGGCAGGUUGGGAACAAGCAGGAGGGAAGCUAGUGCAUUUAGAUAUUUAGAAGUGGAUGUAUCAACAGAUGGGGCUAUUAAGAAUAAGGUAAAUCACGUAGGGUAAAAAAAUUCAUGAGUGUUGCUGUAUUACGGAAAGAAUGAAAUUUAUUACUGCAGAAAGAGAAGUAUAUCUGAGUACAGUGGUAACAAAAACUUUUGUAAGGAUGUAACUGCCUACUUGCAGCUGCAGGAGCUGCUGUUUGUGGUGACCAGUCUUCAAUAUAGUAUUUUAUCAAAUAAUUGUUUAAAAUUUCCAGUGGCUGUAGCUCAUACUACCUCUUUUUAAAAUGAAUUUCAAGUAGUAGAGAAUGUGAGUUUCAAAAAAAUGUGUACCAUAAGACAGAACUGAAGCGAAUUAUUAUCACCACCACAGGGAAUCAAUAAACUAAUGGAAGUGAAGGAGUUACCAUCUGAUACUUUGGGCCCCUCCCUUGAAAUCUCUAAGUAAUGACUUAAUGUAUGUAAGAAAAAUUAAUAUGUGUUUCAGAAACUUACCUAAAAAAAUAUUUUACCAUGUAAGGAAUAGAUGGGUACUGUGUAUAGUCCCUAAAAUGUUGGUGCUAACCUUUUAUUUUUUAUAAAGUGAACAUACUUCACAAAACAUGCCCUGUUCUCUUGUUUUGCAGAAAAACCAUGUUAACUACCAGAUGGUUCAGAACAAGGGAUCUCACUUACCAUAUUGUGUGUGGAGAGUUAUUUCAUUCAUUUUUUUUAUUUAUAUCAGUUACCCUGACCAGUAAAACUCCAUAUAUAACUGGUAGUUCUUGGAGGGUCAAGUGUAUCAUCUCAUGGUCGAGAUGGACCUGCUGUCUUCUGGCUGUUUAUGGCUCAUAUUCCCAUUGUUUACACAAGACAGUUACCCAUAAAGACACUGUUUAGAAGUUUAACAAGAACUGCUUGCAAGACUUCAAGUAUUUUACAAUAUCAAAUAUUCUGUGCUCAUAAUGUACAUAGUCUUGUAUAAAGUGUCAUUUAUCUUAUCAUUUAUAUUUUACUUCUUACUUGUCUUUUAAGUGUUUCUCAUAACACUUUUCAUUUUAUAAUUUUCGAGAAUUGUGAUAUUACUUAGCAACAGGUUUGAAUUAUACUGUAUGUGAAAAGCUCAAGUAAGCUUAGGAAAUUAAACUAUAGUGUAACACUGACAACUCCACAUGUCAGUAUUGUGUUGUUGCUCUCUUGAGCAGAGAGUAUUGUCCUUGUCUUCUAAGUCUUGUAUUAUUCUCUCAGCAGAAUAUCGUCUUCUGUCACUAUUAUACCUCUAUUACUCUUCCUCUUUUUUAUUACAUUAUUUCUGAAAUAUCCUUUAAUUUUAUAAGUAACUGUUAUGAUUUGUUUUUAGUAAUUUAUUAAGCAGUUUUAUGAAUAUAUUUGAUGUAGGAAAUAAAUUUUCAUGGACAAAGUGUUCUCUCUGCCUGUUUCACAAAAUAUGUAAUAUGGCAUGAAAAUAUGCCAUACUGAGUACUGGAUCAUUAUAAGAAAAGAAAUUAAGUACUGUAAUACAGUACGUAUAAUAUUUACUAAUAAUAUAACUUGAAAACAUUUAAGACUAACAAGGCUUAUGAAGUGCAGUCCAACUCUUACUACAUUUAAUCAGGUUAGAAUACAAGAAAACAAUGUGAACAUACUUGUAGGUGCAGUAUUUUAAAGGAUGACAAAAUUUAUUAUUCUAUGUAUUUGUGUACAUAAAUACACACACACACACACACACACACACACACACACACACACAUACAUACAUACACA